AAGCUCAGGAACAGCUCAAGGUCCAGACCCAUCUCCACCUCCACUCUCUGUGUGCUUUAUCCAAAUAUUAUAUCUCUCUCUCAACUCUAAACUCUCGACGUAUCUGUCCUCCGUACAAAAAGCAUGGCUCUUUCCGUCUCUUCCAAAACCAAAACCUACCUAACCACCGCUCCGGCGAAAGCAUUCACUCGCUUCUUAUCCCUCCGCUCCCAAUCCAAUACCCCUUCCCAUCCCUACCACACCGACCUCUCAGAUGACUCCUCCACCGACCCCUUGCUUCGGAAGCUCGAGGAUGCCAUUCAUCGGAUCCUCGUCCGCCGCGCUGCACCCGAUUGGCUUCCUUUCCUCCCUGGUUCCUCCUACUGGGUCCCACCUCCUAGAUCCACCGCCGGAUCCCUUGGGAUUGCCCAGUUGGUUGAGAAGCUCGCCAACCCUUUGACCGAUGAGGAGUCCCUCUCCAUGACCACACUCAGAGGUGCACUCCCAUAUUCAAUGGAGCUGAACUUGACAUCAAAUAAAGAAGUGGAGGUGGAGGUGGAGGCAGCCUCCAAUAAUGCGUCUAAAUCUGAAGAUGAGGAAGGUUGAAUUGCGAAUCGAAACAACUAGCAUCUGGGCUCAUCUAGACUUGUAAAUUUUAAGCAAAGAUUCAAAUGACAUGGAAAUUUUGCAAACUGCAUGGAUUGGAAGAGCUACGCAGAUGCAACUUGGUGAGGUGGCAAUGAUUUACCGAGGUCAUUGCUACCUUGAAACUUGGACUCUACACUGAAUGCUUGUUUGAAGUGAAGCAAUCACGUUAUAUUAUUUGUACCCCCUUUAGCUUGCUGAAUAUUUUAUUUUCUGAUUUGUAGUUCAGAUCUUCACCUUCCCUUUGUACAUAUGCGUUCAGGAAUUCCAGCAAUGGUGUAUCUGUUGUCCUCAUAUCCUGUAGCGGCAAGGAAGUUCCUAGUAGAGAUAUAUUGAGGGUUUGGAUUGGUAUGUUGAUGAAAUAAAAUAAUAAAAUCCAGUGCAAUAAACAAUUUUGCCCCCAAGAUAUCUAUUUUGGGAGGAAACCAA